GAAAAAACAAAAAAAAAAACCUUAACGGCUUAACCCCUUAAUUCUCAAAACCCUCUCUCUCUCUCUCUCUGCCAAACCCCAUUUCCGCAUUGCAGCAGGAACACUGAUAAAAAGACGCUCAUGGCGCAGCGGUGGCGCUCCGCCGCCGGUCACCUCAGAACGGUGGCGGCGGCUACCCGUCGGGGACCAUCAUCAUUCCAGAGUUCUUGUUACCACACCAUCCAAGCGAUCCCGAGAGAGUUCACCGGCAGCAGAGUCUCUGCAAGGGAAAGAACGCAAGGUCGAAUCCCUGCCGUGGUUUUCUUCCAGAACCUUCUAGAAAAGGAUCCUACAAUUCGGCCUUCAUUUUCGUCGAAGAAGCAUUUGGUCACCGUUGAGAGGAAGCAAAUUAAGACCAUACUCAAAUCCCCUGACGACGCCUUUUCCUUUUGCUCCACACGUUUUCCUCUGCAGAUCCGUGCUGGCUCAGGAUCCUCCCAUUUGCUUGAAUCCGGAACUGUUCUUCCCAUCAAGAUUCACAGGGACGAGGAGAGUGGGAAGGUUCUGAAUCUGGUGUUUGUUUGGGCUGAAGAUGGGAUGAAUUUGAAGGUUGAUGUUCCGGUUGUGUUCAAAGGCGAAGAUGUUUGUCUUGGUGUUCAGAAAGGGGGGAUGUUAAAUAAGAUCAGAACUAGCGUAAAAUAUCUCUGUCCAUCAGAGCACAUUCCUUCGAAAAUUGAGGUGGACGUGAGUAAUCUUGAUAUUGAAGAUAAGAUAUUCAUCCGCGAUAUUGAGGUUCAUCCAUCCUUGAAGCUUCUGAGCAAGAAUGAAAACAUGCCCAUAUGUAAAGUAGUUCCAACAAGUUUGGGACACCAAGCAAAGGAGGAUCAAUGAUCUCAGAGUCCUUAUACUUAUAUGUUACAGGAGAAAUGCCAAGGGACAGAUUCAAUUUCCAAAUAAAGAGGUGUAGUUUGGUGGGUAUGCCGUAGCAGCGAUGAGUGCAAGCACCUGCAUGUUACAACUGUUUUAUAUUAGUAUAGGCGGCUUUUGAAUUUUGAUUUUCAUGCAA